GAUCAUUUGAAUGUUAAAGUGUAACUUGAAGUAGAGUCUUUACUUUACUUCGAAAUAUAUGCUAUAAUGGAGACGCCGUUGCUCAAUGGCUACCCCGGUGACCACAAUCAGCUUGUAGGCACUGACGGAGACUACCUGCAGGCAAAAAGUUUUAAAGAUUGGUGGGCAAUUUUCUGCGUGGAGACAGUGAAGUUGUGGAGGAUAGGAGGUCCUAUAGCCUUCAACAUAAUAUGUCAAUAUGGAGUCAAUUCACUUACCAAUAUAUUUGUUGGGCAUCUUGGAAAUAUUGAGCUCUCUGCUAUUUCUAUUGCUCAGACUGUCAUUAGUACCUUCUCUUUUGGCUUCAUGAUGGGAAUGGGGAGUGCCUUGGAGACACUAUGUGGACAGGCCUAUGGAGCAGGGCAAGUUCACAUGCUGGGCGUUUACAUGCAACGCUCCAUCAUAAUCCUGCUCACCACUUGUGUCAUUCUCUUGCCCAUUUACUUAUUCGCAACUCCACUGCUCGAGUUGCUAGGCCAAGAAACUGCAAUCGCUGAGCUCUCUGGAAGUUAUACCAAGUUACUCAUCCCACAGUUAUUUUCACUAGCCAUCAAUUUCCCAACCUCCAAAUUUCUUCAAGCUCAGAGCAAAGUUGAUGUGCUCGCAGGGAUUGGGUUCGCGGCUUUGCUACUGCAUGCUGUGUUCCUUUGGCUCUUUAUUUAUACGUUUGGAUGGGGUACCACAGGUGCUGCUUUAGCCUUUGAUCUUACAAAUUGGCUUACUGCAAUAGCUCAGUUAGGAUAUGUUGUUGGAUGGUGUAAGGAUGGGUGGAAAGGAUUAUCGCGGGCAGCGUUCAACGAGAUUUGGGCAUUUGUGAGGCUUUCUAUUGCUUCAGCUGUUAUGUUAUGCCUUGAGAUUUGGUACAUGAUGAGUAUUAUCCUCCUUGUUGGCCAUCUUAACAACGCUGUGAUAGCAGUUGGCUCCAUUUCGAUUUGCAUGAAUAUCAAUGGAUGGGAGAGCAUGCUAUUCAUUGGAAUUAAUGCUGCCAUAAGUGUGCGAGUCUCAAAUGAACUCGGGCUAGGACAUCCAAGAGCUACCAAAUACUCGGUCUAUAUCGCAGUGUUUCAGUCCCUUCUAAUUGGGAUACUUUGCAUGGUAAUUGUACUGGUAGCCAGAAAUCAUCUGGCCAUUAUCUUUUCAAGCAGCACGGAGAUGCAAGAAGCUGUUGCUGAUCUUGCUUACCUUCUAGGGAUCACCAUGGUUCUUAAUAGUGUUCAGCCAGUGAUAUCAGGAGUUGCUGUUGGAGGUGGAUGGCAAGCUUUAGUGGCUUAUAUCAAUCUUGGUUGCUAUUACGCUUUUGGACUCCCUCUAGGAUAUGUUCUUGGUUAUGUAGCUAAAUUGGGAACAAAGGGACUUUGGUUAGGGAUGAUAGCAGGGGCAGCUUCACAGACCCUUCUACUCUUGAUUAUACUGUAUAAGACUAAUUGGAGUAAGGAGGUUGAAGAUACUACAGAGCGUAUGCGCAAGUGGGGCGGACAAGAUUUUGAAGCAGAAAAAUAUCCUGAUGGACAGUUACCCAUUAAGAAUGGUGUAGCUUAAGUUUAUGAUUGAUGAAUUCUGGAUUUUCUUGUUGAGUUUAAAUGUAUUUGUUUCAAUUUCAUUUAAAUUUUGCAAAGAAAUGCAGAAUUCUAGCAUAUGGUUGUUGGCAUUUUUUAGACAUUCAGAAUGGUAGCUUCAAGCGACCCAAAGAAUGUUUACAACAUUAAUUUCUUCUUGGCGCCUUGACGGACAAUUUAUCAAUUGGAAGCACUUAGUUUCAAGUAAUUUCCUAUAUUUUUUGGUGGUGUAAUUUGUGAAGCACCACCAUUUCUUCCAUCUUUCAGUUGGAAACUUGCUAGUAUUUCAGCUCUGUUUCUUUGUAAUAGAAAAAUCAUGUGGAAUUCACAGAGUUAUCAAAUACAAAUUGUGUAGCAGCCUUGCUCUAUCCUUCUUUA